CGAUCCGUGCUUGUAGGUCGCUUGGGUUUCUUAAGAUGGCUUUGGUGCCCAGCUCCCGUAAGCUUCACUGUUGUGUGAACGAAUGGCUGCGAGCGUCGCCGCACGAACCUCCGGGCAUCUGAAGUCGAAGGAAGCCGUUAAUUGCCCCGAUCUCUGCGUAUUGUAAUCAAUUUGGGAUGGCAAUGCGGACGCCAUUCCCGCCAACGGGGCAAUACCUCCGAGCCAACAGCCGCGCAAGAAGAGCACGAGCUCGAGUAUCAGCAUCCGCACGUUAGACCCACUAUCAGGAGCCCGGGCUCGGGGAAUGGAGGCCGCGGAUACGGCCUCAUCCUAGACACCCAAGAGAACGAGAACUUUGUUCCACACCCCGUAUCCCCGCUGCGGGCAAGUGAUGAAUACGAUCGCCAUGUACCCAUGCCCGAAACAUCCCCAUCCCAACAGUACCGGGGGUCCAACGAUACCAAUGUUUUAGUUGAUGAUUCGCAAUACCAUGAUUCAUAUCCGAAGCCGCAGCCGCAGCCUCAGCCGGGAUGGCCAGAGGGGGCAAAGGAGCACAUGUCGACCCCGAUUUGGUUGACGAAAUCCGUCCUCCUCAUUUUCGCCGCUUGGUUUGCAGCUAUGAUGCUGGCCACGGGCCUGUUGUAUCAUUUCUCGGUCGUGCAUGACGGCAUCAGUGCCCAAAAGGAGACCAAUCAUUAUGGAUGGAAAUACGGCCCAACCGCAUUGCUUGUUGUGGUUAGCGCCCUCUGGAAGCAGGUUGACCAUCAGAACAAGAUACUCAUGCCCUGGAAAGAACUCCAGCAAGGCCCGGCCCCGGUCUCCAAGACUUUGCUCCUGGACUACAUCUCUCCAAUUCUGCCAACAGCUCUCUGGGCUUCUAUAAAGAAUCGACACUGGGCUGUGGUAAUGUCAACUGUAGGCCACUUGUUGAUACUGGGUACAACCAUCUUCUCCACGGGUUUGCUGAUCCUAGAGUCCACUCAAGUCACCAGACAGAGCAGCGACUUCAGCAUCAAGGGAGCCUUCCAGAUCGACGACCCAGAAAAUGACCAGGGACUCAAGGUUGGGCCUGCGGCCUCCCAGCUAUACUACGGUAUUCACUUUCAGGGACUGGACUACCCUUCUGGAACGUCCGAGGAUACGUUAUUGCCCGUGUUCCAAGUCCCGGACCACAGCGCCAGCGACCUCAACUACACGGUGACGACAGAGGGCAUGAAGGUUGACCUCGACUGCGAGAUUCUGCCCAUUACCAAUGGAACGCAAACAAGUAUGCCCUGGCUCAGUGUCCUCGGCUCCUUCUUCGUCGCCAACGUCACCACCUCCGACUGUAACAUCACCGGCAUUACGGUGGGGGCAGGCCCUGACCAUAAUUACUACCAUAAUGAAAACGCUACCCAGAAUUACCAAGGUCGGUUCAGGGUGUACCCUUGUAACAUUGACUUCGACUUUUCCAGGCAGUACAUCGAGAGCGCGGAUAGCAAGGAGUACCGCAUGGUGUACAACGCCAGUGCAGACCAACGAGUGGUAUUGUCGAUGGCAGAUCUACGAUUCGCAACCAGAUCCCAGGGAACCGCCCCUAGGUACAUAUACGUCAACGAGUUGCAAGUUGCUCUCUGCAAGCCUUCGUACAACGUCCAACCCUUUGUAGUCCAAAGCUCGACUGUCCUCAGUAGCUCUUCCCGGGCCGUCCUGUCGUCCGCAGCUUCGCCAGCCGAAAAACUCAUUGAUGGUCUCCCGAGCAGCUCCAUUGCUUUGGGCGUUUACAGAUCAACCAACUUGUUCUAUCUCGGGACGGGAGGCGAUGAUUAUGUCCUAUCCGUGCAGGUCCCGACCUUCUUCCAGCUCAUGAGUAUGCUGAACGGAAACUCGUCGAUUGGGGCUUUCCUUGACCCCCAAUUGCUCAUCGAGACAGGAAGAAACGUCUUCAAGGGCAUCGCCACCCAGGCCCUACGGCAGCUCGCUCUCAAGCCGGCCGACCAACAAGUGGCUGGUCAGGUCACGUACACCGAAGACCGGCUGCAUGUCAAGUCUCUUUCGACGGCGUUCAUGUGUUCCUUCCUAGCAAUUCUCACCCUGCUAGCGAUCGGGAUGAUCUUUGUUCGUCCUCAUUCUGCCAUUCCUCGAGAGCCAGGGUCUAUUGCCGCCACAGCAACGAUACUUGCGGCCAGUCCCCCAUUGCAGCAAACGUUGAUGCACAUGGGCGCAUCACGUCGCAGCCAGAUCCGGAAACGCCUGGAAGCCUUCAGCUUUCGGAGCGUCAUCAUCCCAGGCCCGCAGCCGACGCUCAUGGUAGAACCGACCCCGAAGGGCAAAGAAACAUCGCUCGAGCUCCAGGACCAGUCAGAACAGGCCAUUUCCUGGUGGCGUCCGAUGUCUGGCUACCCUUGGUUCCUCGCCUUGGCUAUUGGCCUGCCAUUACUGCUAAUUGCAGCCUUGGAGAUUGUCCAACACUUCUCUGACAAACACUCCGGGUUCAUCAAGAUUGGGCCAUCCGAUGCAACAAUGUUUGCUACUUACAUUCCAGCAGCCGUUGUCCUAGGGGUGGCUAGCAUGUACUCUGCACUCGAGCUGAUGGCAGCCGUGUUUGCGCCUUGGGAUGCCCUCAGGCGUGGAAAGGCGACUGCCGAUAGAUCUAUUCACUUGAACCUGGUAGGGAAACUCUUGCCGCAUGCUGCAUUCGUGUCAUUGAAGACUCGCCAUUUCGCGGUCCUCGUUGCUUUGGUUGCCAACUUCGUAGGAGGCUUCCUCACGAUUGUCGUUUCGGGUCUCUAUAGCGUUGCCGAUGUUCCUCGCGUCGAGGAUCUCACUAUUCAUCAGACUGACACAUUUAACCUCAACAAUGUCGAUCUGUCCCUCGACGACAACCAAGCCGGCGCAAUUGACAGUCUAGUUGAGUACCUCGACUUGGAUUACCCGCAGUGGACCUAUGGAGGGCUUGCCUUCAAUCACUUCGAAGCCCCAGAUGCAGCACUGAGCAACACGAGCGCCGAGGCCCCCCUAUUCAUCGAGGUUCCAGCAACACGGGCGAGCUUAAAUUGCACAUCAAUCCCAAGCGAGUCCCGUCAGGUUUCAAUCAUCUAUGGUGAUCAGGAGGGAAAUUCUAUUGCCAGCGUGCCUGGUGGAAGUAUAUUCUUCACACCAACCCCCGGCUACAUUCUUGCCGGAUUCAAUACUACGCUGGAUAUGUCCGAAUGGUGCGAAACCGCGCCUAAAAAUGCCACAAAAAUGUCGUGGAUGCAGUAUUUCUGGCUCCCGUAUGACUUGGCACCGGCAUAUGUUGGCAAGGCUUCUGUGGUUCAAUGGUUCACUGAGGGCAUCAUGGCCGACGGUGCAGUCGAUACAGAUCCUACCACUGGUACCGGAAUCGGCGUCAAUGGUUUGAAGACGGGCGGUUAUGGGUGUCCGACAUUUUCCGUCACCUUUGGGACAGCACGAGCAACUGACAGGACCCAAGUCGGGAACGAGACGGAAUGGGGGUUCGAACAUGACUUUGGGACGCUCCUCUGCUACCAGAACGUUGAAGAAGUCAAGGCAAACCUCACGUGGAGCCUCCCGAGCUUUGAUCUGGUGGACUCCCCGUCACCAAAGACGGACGAGUCUACAGCCACUUCGUUAAAGACCUCCGACGGAAGCGAGAGGUUUGAGUUUGCCGUCAAUGCGUGGUUAAUGGGUCUCAGCGACUCUGUCUACAACCGGACGUUUUCUGCCCCAGACAACAGCUCGCAUCUCAACAAUAACGUGGACAGUUUUAUCAGGGGUCUUGUGUAUGGAAAAAACGGGCUGCCGGUCAAGAACCUAGAGGGUUCUGCCAACAUUGGCAACCUUAAAACGGCAUCAAAUCAGCUAUACAAGGCGUACAUGGCGCAAGCUAUUUCUCUGAACAUGCGCAGCAACAACACGAAGGACGACUCCAGGCUUCGUUCCUACACGGGUACCUUGUCGUCCUCUGGAUACCGCCGUCUGAAGCAGAACCGUCCCUCCAAGAUUGCACUCCAGAUUAUGCUGGCAACAAUGGUUGCGUGCGCAAUCGGGAUGACGCUGCUCAUCCGGAUCCGGGAGGUGUUGCCACACAACCCGUGCUCCAUCGCAGGAACCGCCACCCUACUGGCGGGAGGGGAGAUGGCCUCUUCGCAGCUCAUUCCCCCUUGUGCGGAGUGGAGGAACGACAAAGAGUUGAAGAUAAUGGGCAUAUUUGAGCGUUAUGUUUAUGCCCUUACAUGGUGGGUAGAAUAUGGCGGCGAUCGCUCCAGCAAGCAAAGAUACGGAGUGGAUGUGGACAAACAAGUGGGUUAAAACAUUUCUUGAUUACUGCAAUUUGGCAGAGGGGUUUGGCUAGGUACCCCGCCCAAUAUCACUCGUUGUGCAGUGGGAGUUAAUCUCUAUUAUGAAUAAACGAAUGAAUUGAAUCUGAAGAUACA